CUACAAUCUACAAUCUACAAUCUACAAUAAUACAAUAAUACAAUUCUACCACGUACAAUCCUAAAGGCUGAUCUCUGAUGAAGGGCGAACAUGAAAAAUGCCUCAUACUGACUAACGGCCAGGCGCGGCCUUACCUCAUCCGACCGCACACCGGCGCCAGUCGCGGUCUUUUCCCAUCGGCCUCACUUCUCCUUCUCUUCCCACCGAAUCGUUUUCCAACUUCGCCUGUCCCGCUUACAUAACCCCCUCUCUCUGUCGCCCCAGUUUUAUGCUCAUUCCGACUGUACCUUAUUUUCGUGCUUGACUAAUUGCCAUCACCCCGGCUGUCCCCCCUCCACCCUAAUCCUAUCAACCACAGACCAUGUCCGAACGAGGCUCAUUCCGAGGUCGUGGCCGCGGCGGCGGCGGAGGUUACGACCGGUCGGCUCGUGGCGCCAGAAGUGGCGGUGCCGGUGGCGGUGCCCAGCAGCAGCAGCAGGAGAAGCCCAAAAAGGAAAACAUCCUCGACUUGACCAAGUAUAUGGACAAGGAGGUGCGCGUGAAGUUCAACGGGGGCCGUGAGGUCACCGGCCUCUUGAAAGGCUACGAUCAGCUGAUGAACCUGGUCCUGGACGACGUCAAGGAAUCCAUGCGAGAUGACGAGGGCAACGACAACACCCGUUCCCUCGGCCUGAUCGUCGCCCGCGGUACUCUGAUCGUGCUGAUCUCGCCGGCCGAUGGCAGCGAGGAAAUUGCCAACCCGUUCGUGCAGCCGGAGGAGUAACCUGUCUCAUCCCGUUUUCUCCGGGGAGUUGAUUCGAUUCGAUCUGAAUCAAUCAAUCAGUCAAUCAUGUCAUGAUGGUAUCAGUAUCAGGUCAAGGAGAAGAUUCCCGAUAUGUGGAUUGUCUGUUCACUGAGAGCUGCGAUGCGAUGCGAUGCUAUUUCUGUUUUUGUGUUUCCGUUUCCGUUUCGUGUUUCCUCGCUCGUCCUUUGAUAUGAGCGGGUAAACUAGCCAUGCACGCUCUGGACAGAUCUGAGACAGGAAGUGGACAGAGGUUGAUGACUUUGAUUACUGGCCUGAUCGGACCGAUCCUAUCGUGACCCGAACUGAACAGCCUGGAACCCUGUAUUAGCCAAGACCUUUCCAAUUUUGAAAUCAAAAUAAUGAAUCAUGAGUCAUG